UUGAGCGGGUACAAAGGCAUAACCUUAGGACGACAACAAUGAACCCCUGUGUGUGGUAAGCCAUUUGUAAGCCCCAACUUCCCCCAUUACCCUACAUUUAUGAUGAAAUACACGUGUUUACUUUGGGAAACCAAUCACAUUUUGGCCAUAUAGCUCUGUGUACUAAUUAUGAACUGCAUAGCUAUUACGAUGAAAUGAAAUACGCUCACAAUCAGUGUCACAAAACAAUCAACAGCAAAGAGGGGCUCUCUGAAUUAAGUUGUGGUUACAUCCGCAUUUAAGAGUAAGGAGUGAAUUCCCUGCUAAGGAACCUUACUGGCAGCUAUGUCAAAUUCAGGGAAACUAAGGAUCGGUAUCUUAGGAAUUCAAGGCGCUUUUCAAGAACACAAAGUCGCUCUCCUGAAAGCCCAUGAAGCCGCCAAGUGCGACGACCUCUCAAACUGGACACUGGACAUCGUGGACGUACGAUCACGGGGAGAUGUCACUGACGAUUUAGAUGGACUAAUACUGCCAGGAGGUGAAAGCACCACCAUGAGUCUAUUCCUGAAGAGAGAAGGCUUAGAUACUGUUCUCCGAGAAUGGAUGGCGAAAAGGAGGCGAGUGACGUGGGGCACGUGCGCAGGGAUGAUUCUACUGGCGGAGAACAUUGAGCAUCAGAAAGAAGGAGGGCAAUCUCAGCUGGGAGGCCUACACGUGACAGUUUCACGGAACUAUUUCGGUCGCCAGGUGGACAGUUUCGAGGCUGACGUCACUGUUUCGUCAAACACUUUAACCGGUUCUUGUGAAGACGACGAAACAUGCAGGGGUGUCUUCAUCCGGGCACCUGCCGUUAUAUCAGUGGAUGACCCAAGGGUCAAGGUUAUCGGUAGUUUGACCUUCACCGACAGACAGCAGUCUGUCAGGUCUGUGAUUGUCGCUGUGCAAGAGGAGAAUAUCCUUGCCACAGCAUUUCACCCAGAACUUACAGACGAUACCAGAUGGCAUAGACAUUUCUUAGAAAUGGUCAAACAAAAUAAAACUUCCAUUUAAAGCAAUGUAGUUUAAACGGUUUUUUUUUUUUUUUUGAAAAAUUAGACAAGUAUAUUGGAAGUUCUAAUCCAAGGAAUCAGCAGAUGAAAUGUAAUUUAGCUGAGCUAUAGAUAAAAAGCGUUUGUUUUGGCUCCAUCGUUACAACAAUAGUCGUGUGUUUAAUUAUGACUUAAAGGUUAAUAAACAAGAAUGGCAUUUGACAUGGUGUAAAUCUCAAUGGUUAUGUUAUGAUUGAACAAGAGCAGUAUACUUAAGGCCAUUUCAACAGCAGGUGUGUUUUUUCAUGUUAUUAAAUCUUACAUUUCGAUGAUAUGUCCAUACCGUAUCCCAGUCGAAUCCACUUGAGCCAAAUUAAAUGUAAAAACAAGUAUUUACGUGUGUGUCAUUUGUUUGUUUAACUAUCAAAAUGUUCUUAGCUAUCAACCCUCGAUAAGUUUUUUAAUUCUCGGUAUACUUGAUUAAGACUCUAUCGAUUUUUUAAACAUUAAACAUUCCCAUGG